AUGUCAGUAGCUGAGUCUACAAGUGUAAGUGACAAAAGAGCAUUGAUUAAGUCAUGUGCUUCGAAAUUCGCGAAGGCAAUGAAAGCCUUGGAAUUAGCUUUGAUUGGCACAGAUGAUGGGAAAAUAUCACAACUGAGAAGAGAAGUUCUUGACAGUUGGAAUGUUUAUGAAAAGGAACUUAGUGAUAUUGAUGUGUUCGAUCAGGAACAGCAAACACAGCUCCAACGAUCAUGCCGACAGAGCCUACAAGAGCUGGAUUUAAUACUGGAGCAAGUUAGCCAGCGAAUUGGAGCGAUCGACGAAACUCUAUCGUUGACGCGCUCACAAAGUCGCCAUAGUGCUGCGCCAUCCGAACGCAAACGACAGCGGGCAGAGCUGAAAUUAGCGCAUAUCCGCAGACGUCAAGAUUUAGAAAGACGGCAACAAGAUCUUGAAUUUCAGCAAGCAGAAAUAAGGCGUGAAAUGGAGAAAAUCGCGGUUGAGAACGAUCUGGCUAGGAUCGAAAUUGAAGACGACAGCGGAAGUUCGAGCAGUAAUAGUGUUGCGUCGAACAAUGUAAUUCUGCCCGAAAUGAGGCAGAGUGCUAGAGAAAAGACAGAGGCGUACGUGCGAAGUAUUCCCGACGUGACCCCUACUCUUGGUCAGCCGGAAUUAAACGUAGUUGCAGCAUCCAAUCCCAAACCCAGUGACAAUGAUCUUUUCAAUGGAUUUAUGGCUAUGACAUCUAGUGUACAGGAAAGUUUGAACUUACCAAAACCAGAGUUACUGACAUUUAGUGGAAAUCCAGCGGAUUAUUGCAAGUUUAUCAAGAACUUUGAAACAAACAUUGAAAUGAGAUUGAAGGACAAUAGAUUAAAACUUAGUUACUUAGUGCAAUUUUGUAAUGGUGAUGCUCGUCGUAGCAUCGAAGAUUGUGUUGUUUUGCCAUCAGAUGAGGGGUAUGUAAGAGCGAAACAAAUCCUCCAAGGCAGGUAUGGUAAGCCUCACUUAGUUGCUAGGUCCCAUGUUGAACGACUGAUUGAUGGUAGCCCUGUUAAACCAAAAGACGUACAAGGCCUCAUGAAUUUGUCGCUCGACAUGGAAAAAUGUCAAAUAACACUUUCGCAAAUAGGGUUUGUUUCUGAUAUCAAUAAUACUGAAAACCUCAAGAAAAUAGUUAGGCGACUACCCAUGCAUAUUCGGUCAAAAUGGGCCGAACGCGCUAGUAGCUGA